UCAACGAAUCUGGUAGAUAGUGGCGGGUACUUUUCCCCCAUUUGAAAAAAAGUCACAAAUUAUCCGUCUGUAAAGAAAUCGAUUCAUUGAUCAACCAAGGGUAGCUGAUCCUAGACUCCCACUGGGCUUGACAUGACAUCUCUGUGGUGAAUUGUUCCGUUCUUUGUGCAAACAUCUGUCCCGCGCUCAAGAGCUUGUCUUCGAACGGGACGUGGUAACCAAGCGUUUACACUCUUCAAAUUACUUUCAAUAGCACUUGGCCGUUGAACAGCGGAACAAAGCAUUGCCUUAAACCAUCGAGACAGGGAAAUUAGAUGAUUCUGUUUGAAAAAGAGCUAUGAUGGAUGCAGAUACUAGUGGACACUCUGACAUAUCUAUAUGCAGUGAUGAUACAGAAUUUCUUCUUGGUCAGAAUGUCUCUAUCAGGGAAAUAGAUGAUGAUGAUGUCAUCCAUGCUCAUGAAAAUGUAAAAAUCCCAUUAUCUGUUGGUAAAUCCUACCAUUCGUCACCUCAAUGUUCACCUCAAAAACUACAGCAAGUUAACUCUAGUAAUUUGAGAUCUCCACAAAGAAAGGGAAGGAAUACUAAACCGGGGAAAGGACAGGAUGUUAUACAAAGAUCACCCGGUAAUAGCAAACCAAAGCAAUCUUCUGCAGAAGAAUCAUUUAAGAGUAACAUCAAAACGAAAGUAGAUAAGAAGUCACAACCUCGACAGAAUUAUGCGCCAAAAGAAAAUUUAAAGGGGCAAACACCUCAGACUAGUUAUGGCUCAGAACCAGCAAGAUACAAUAAAGAUGGUGAAAGGACACCAAAAAGCAAGAAACAAGUUCCAGAUAACCUUGCCAAGCAUCCACAUGGUGUAGGUAACUUUCAGUCACCAGAGAGUCACAAAUCAAUUCAUGCACAUCAAAAUGUCAUUGGUAGUCCAAAAGUAAAGUCUGAAUCACCAUACAAAUCAUCGCAAUUAAUUCCCCCAUCAAGAGACAAAGCAAAUGCAAAGAGAAAGCAAGUUGAGUUUGGUAGGUCACUAUUACGUGAACACUAUAUUCCUGGCAAUCAGAACAACUGGGAAAUUGACUCAGAGAUAUCAUUAGAAUUAGUAAAUGGUGAGCAAAAGUUUGUAGAAACAGAAUCAAAUGAUUUAGAAAGUCAAAUGUCUGAGGCAACUGAAGAUCUGAUGGCAGGGCAGGAUGAGGAUGAGGAGGAUUUCACUGAGAAGCUCAAGGAACUUAACUUAGCUGUGAAUUAUGAUGCUGGUACAAAUGAAUACUUUGAUGACAAAGUAAGAGAAGGAGCAGAACUUUUAUCCAAGCUGUUUGGUGGUCAGGUGGAUAAUUACUACAGCUCCUCCAGAAAUGAGCUAAUCAUGUCGACUAACAUCUCUACAAAUAAUGAUAAUCGUAUUGUGAAAAGACAGCCCUUGUACAUGCGGACAUUGAAAGUUGGUGGUCAGUCUAAGAGUUCUACGUCAGGAUCAGCAAGUGUCCAGGAAGUUUCUAGAUCUGACAGUCAUCUUGAGGAAAGGAGAACUCCCAGUCACACUAGUAGCGCUACACAGCACUCUCUUCAACAAUCCAUUUCACCACAAGUGCAGUCACGAACAGAGGAACAGAACAGUGGGACCUUAACAGAUCAAAGCAGCUCCUUUGAGUCCAGUGUGUCAACAGCAGCUAGAGGACAUAGAUCAACUAGCCAACGUAAAGAGGUGCGAUUUAGAGAUGAAAUAACAUCAUCGAAAGAAAUUAAGCAGCGCGACCAUCGUGUGGCAACAGAUGGUGAGUUUAUCAAGGAGACCUCUGCUUUUAGAGCAGCAAUGAACUAUGAUGAUGAUGAUGACAAUGCUAGUGACAAUACUGAGGAGCAAAGAGAUUAUUAUUAUGAUCACAAUGAUGAGAUGAAUUAUACUCAAAAUAGAAGGAUGAUACCAGUGCAAAAUCAAGAUGAGUUAGGCAGAGAAACUGUCCAUAAUUAUGAACAGAGAGUAAAAUCACAGUCUUCAUCAAAGCAGCGAGGGACAUCUCAUCAUCGUACAGAUGAAAGUUUUUCAUCACCACACAGGAACAGGACUGAGCAGCGGUUUAAUGUUGAGAAGUUUUCUGAUAGUAAGAGUUCCAGAAGGUUGGACUAUCAGGACAAUGGACCAGCACCUGCAGGAUUUAUGACAUCAACUCCUCACCAAAAACUUGAGCCUGUCUUUUCAUCACCCAAGGCUUUUCAGGUGGAGAAGGUGGAGGUGCAAAAAGAAACCCAGAGGAUAAUGCUUAAGUUGCAGGAGAAUGAAAGAAAGCUUAACAGAAGCUUACAGGAAGUUAGAAAUGUAGAAUUUGAGCUCGAAGAAGCUGCAUCAAGAAAAAAGAUUGCUAUACAAGAAAUUCAAGUUCUUGAAGAAACGAUCACACGUAAUAAAGCUGAAGUCAACUCUUCCGAAAAUCUGGUGGAACAGUACAGGCAACAAGCAACCAAAACUAGAUCUCAACUUAUGGACCUUGAACUACAGCGAGAUAACAUCCAACAUGAAAUCAAAGAGCUCCGAAACUGUCUCGCUAAACAGAAACAAGAGUCGAAACAAGUUGUUGAAGUCGAAAAGAGAAACGAGUUGAAAGUCUUAGAGCUGAGCAUAGAGAAAGAUAAAAUUCAAAGCGAAGUGGAGUCAUUACGAUCUCAAUUUAAACACGCUGAGAGCAAUUUUGUUCAAGAAAAACAGAAAUAUGUGGAAAAGCUUAGACUAGCUCAAGACCAACUGCAAGAGGAGCAACGAGCAUCGAAAGACAGUGUUGAAAAACUCAAACAGCAACUUGAAGACGAACGUCAGAAGGCUCGGGAUUCUCACUACGAAAGAAUCAAUGCCAUUCAUAAACUACAAGAUGAAUCAAAAGAGAUGCAUGAAAAGGAAGUCGAAGUGCUAAAAAACAGAUUUGCGAGGGAAAAAGAAAUGGAAUUGGAGACGCUGCGUGAAAAAAAUCGAAGAGAUACAGAAGGACUUAAUAAAAAGUUACAGGAACAAGACCACACAAUAACUCAUUUACAGAGCAGCUUGAAAGAGUACGAGGAGGAAAUAGCAAAACUCAAGACUCAAGUAUUCCAAGAACAACAGAAGUUAUUUGAUUGUGAGAGCGAAUGGAAAGAGAACUUGGCAAAACAAGACACACACGCCAAGUCCUUGAGAAUUGAGAUCGACUCUCUGAACGAAAAAGAGUCAUUUCUUCACGAGAAGAUAAGAAGAACCGAACAGCUCCUAGAAGAGAAAGUUUUGGAAUUGAAAAGACACGAGGAAAAGUCUGCUUCUCUGUCUGAAGAGCUCAAUCAGGUUAUGAAGAAUAAAGAUGAUGAGAUUGUAAUGUUGCGAGGCCUGGUUCGUCAGCAAGAAGACGCCACAAGAUUACUGGGAGAGAGGAUGAGAAACGAAGCACAGGAGCAUAUUCGAAAUGCUCUGGAAAAGGAACGGGAGUCAACAGACCGUGAGCGCGCUCGGCACCAGGCCAAACUGGAGGAAAUACGCGACAAAUAUGAAUCAGCACUGAAACAAGUGAGAGAGGAACUGGAGGCUGAGAGACAAGGGCACCAUCACCUUAAUGCUUCAGUCAAUAAAAUAAAAAAGGAAAUUGAACGGUUGCGAGAACUGAACCUGCAGGCUGAACAGGAAAAAGUGAACGCUGUGGCUCAUGUUAGAAGUGAGGCUAAAGAAGAGAUUGUGAAGAUGAGGGAUAAAAUACAGGAGCUGACCGCAUUGGCAGAAACCUCCGAGAAAGAGACCGCUAUGGAACUCACAGAGGAGUGUCGGAAAACGGCCGCGUUGCUUGGAGAUUCUGCUAACACUACCCCUGUGAGGAAUUUGUCAAACAGUUAUGUUGGUGAAAGUCCUCGAUCAACCACUGACAGUCCUGCCCGGGAGGCGCUGCUGAAUCUGCGCUCUUACAAUGAAGAGUUACGACAGCAUUUGAUUGAAGCCCGUAAGGAGCUGGAGCAAAACAAUAGAGAACUGUCCCUCAAGAAACAGUUUCAGCAACCAAGUAACGGAGACCUCACUCCUCAACAAGUGCAACUGUUCAAAAAGACGCUUAUUGCGAAGGACGAAGAAAUAACCAGAACGAAAAGGCAGCUGCAAGAGGAAAGUGAAAGGAAUGCUUUACAGAUCAAGUCAGAGAGAACGGCAUAUCAAAAGACCAUAGAUCGCCUGGAGAGGGAACUCAAGCACGCAAAGGCUGCGACUCCCGCUGGCAGCCCCAUGGUAAACGGGACUUCCUCUCCUCCUGAGAGUGGCGUUGGCACCAGUCUCAGUUCGACGACUCCAAGCCCGAGGCCUGGGGAGGACUCUAGCACGGCGCGUCUUUUGCGACACUUGCAAGGCAGAGUGCAACAAUUGCGGGCGCAAAAUGACAGUCUGCGGAAGUCAUCUGAGAACGAGUCCUUAAAUGAUAGUCACUGUAGUGUGAUGUCAACGGAGUCGUUCAACGGAGGCGAUGCUGAAGAAAACAAAAGACUUCUCGCUGCACUGAAGACAACAGAGGACAAGGCCCAAAGAAACGCAGCCAUGUUGAGUCAGAAGAUGAUGGAGAUGACCAAGCUACAAAAAAUGCUCACGCAUGCGACCAAGGAAAACAUGAAGCUGGAAAGAGCUUACGCUGCCUUACAACGCAAAAUUAUUGACAAUGCAAGAUAGCACAAAAUGCCCUUGUAAUAUUUUAAAAUAGUCUCACAUACUUACGUUAUAAAGCUUUUAUUAUCCAUUCAGGGGGUAUCUUUCGUCAAAUGUUUGUUAUAUUUUUUUGGAGUGUUUUUCGAAAUUUAAAGUUAUUUUUACCAAUCGAUCUUUUCAGUGCUUAUCUUAAUGGAUUGAGAGAUCUUUAUCAUUUGUUGUAUCAGCCUAACCUCUUUAAGCCAUUUGUAAACUCAGAGAAGGUUGACUACCUGAGUAUAAUUCGCUGAAGUUUUACAUAGAAUGUUCUGAUUGGUAAAAGGGUGUUGCUCGAUGUUUUUCAGUAUUAAGGCCAGAACACACCCGAUGACAUAUGAUCACGACAGGUCUCUGCCAUACACCAUGUAUUGUAUACUGCUUCCAAAACUAGCCGCAGUGAGCCACCAAACUCAAACCAGUGACGUAUUUUAGGCAUAAAAUUAUGUUACAGCUACAGAGACUUUCUCGCAUUUUUUAAAAUUAUCACUGCGAUUUGUCGCCUCGUGUCUCGGCCUUGAAUAUUCGAAAUGAAGACCUCAUUCGCUGGUAACUAACCAAAAAACCGGGCCAAAGUAUACGAGUUUUCCUCAAGUCAACAAACAGAAGCAGGUACUUUUUUUACGACUGCCAUACAUGUAAAUACCCAACUUGUAACACAUUGUUAUGUUCUUAAUAUAUACUUUAAAUGAGAGUGUGGAAAUUAUUUUAACUUAAGAUUUUGUACAGAAAAGAGUGAAAAGUUAGUGAAGCUAACGAAAGAAUGUACUUUAUUAAAGGCGUGUACUUAUAA